AUGGAUAGCGCAUCUUCUCCCGGUAGCAUCGACUCUACCUCGACCGCGCCCACUUCGGCUUCCAAGGUCACCUACACCACUGCUGGCACCCCAUACAACCCCAGCACUGCCCAGCCGCUCCAGCCGCCUGCUCGUCGAGGCCGCUCGCUGAAGUGGUCGGCUGGCCUUCACACUGCUGGCCUUUCCUUGUUCCCCAAGUCCGCCCUGGCAUCUCUGCCUGUCAAGUUUGUCAACCACUCGUCGUCGAGCCAGGAGCACAGCCCUAUGCAGACUACCCUCGACCGGGCCAUCAGCCCCAUUCACGACACCGAGCACACUUGCGCCAACAUGUCCGCUCAGGUCCCGCGCCUUGUGGCCUCGGCCACCCCCUCGUCUCUCACAUCUCUCUUCUCUGAGGUCGUGCACGACGCUCUCAGCGACGCCGAGGCCAGUGAUGAUGACGAGAAUGAGUACGAGCUGGGCAUGGACCCGCUGCUGAACAUGACAGUCAAGUCUCUUCAGAACCUGGCCUCCUACCCCAACCCGAGCCAGAAGAGGGCUCAGAAGGCGCUUUCUCGCGGAACCAAGGCGGCCCUGGAAGGCUACAAGGCGGUUACGCGCAGCGAGGAACCCUCUACCCCCCUCAACCGACGAACCGGUCCCCAAGAGCCGCUCCAAAUCCAUCUCGAUUCUCCCAGCAUGCUGCGACAUGCCCAGGCAGAGACCAUUGGCUACGGCCGACCUCAAGACGAUGGGUUCUGGAACCCCCCCGACAAGUCGUGUGCCAUUCAGCCCGACACUGUCAAGCCUUUCGAUGCCGCAGUCGGCGGCCGCAUUUCUGACAAGUUCGGUUCUGCAACCCUCGCCUCCGGCCCCGGAGCUCCUCGACCUUUGAGUGCAGGCCCUCCUGGCCAGCGCCAGUAUCGACCUUCGACAUUCAAGUCCACCUUCAAGGCCCUCAAGCCCCAAGCUUCUGGCCAGGAUCUCGACCAGGAGGAUGACGACGAUGUCCUCAUGAUUACACGACAGACCCUUCAGCAGGCGGGCAUCGAUGAGAAGAGACAUGAGCCCAAGUCUCCUCUGUUCAAGCAGACAGCUUCUCUGAGCACCGCACCCAUCUCAGUCACUCCUCAGAAGACCAUGUCAUCUACCAAGGCUUUCCUUGCGAAACUCAACGAGGAACGAGAUGCGAACCCAUGUGGUUUGGCCAACGACAAGCCGGCUUGUCCAUUUGAAACCCUUCUUGUCCAACAACCACCCUACCCUACUUGCUGGAACCCGACUCCAGUCACCUCGGCCGGUCGAUAUGCACCCAACGACGAUGUCUGGGCGGCCAACAAGCUCCAGAAGCGACGCGAGAUGGUGGACCGGGCCUGGUACGCCGGCGCCAACUUCAUGAGGGCCACAGCCGAGGAACUCGCAUGGGAUGUUCAGUUCCCCAAGCCCAAGUGCAAGUUUGGAGCGGUGGGAGACGGUCGCCCAAUUAAGAAGGGUGGCGAGCAACGAUCAGUGGAAACGGAGAAGAUCGAGCACCUUUCCGUGGCGGAGCUUGCUGGGCCUCUGCUCAACAUGGCCUUUGUCAAGGUUCAGCAGUUCCAGGAGGAUGAGUCGCAGAAGAAGUACGCCCAGGAGUUUUCGGCAGUUUAG